AUGUGUGAAAUCCUGAUAGGGAUGAUAAAUGGCGAGGCUAGCUUUAUGUCAUUCACGCACUAUCAGAUAUAUUCGCGGGUAUUUUUCUCAUUUUAUUGUCAUACUUUCCGAUUUACUCAACUUAAGAUAGAUUAUAGCGCAAUAGCCAAGUGCUUUCAGAUGAUACAAGAACAUUCUUACAGAGUUUCCGGCUUGAAAACGGCUAAUUACAUUAUUUUGUCACAAAGCAUGGUUGUUCAAACCACGGACAUCAAUAAAUUUUAUUUAAAAGUGAAGAACAUAAAGUUUUUCUGCUUCUCUUCUUCCUGGCAGAAUUCUAUUAUUUCUAUAAGCUUAAAUGUGGGAAUCUCAUAG